GCCUGACUUGGAUGGGUGCAAAGGGUCGUGGUCAGCAAGGUGAUAGGUUCCAAUAAAGCUAGCCGGUAUCAACUUGCCAGAGACGGCGACACAAUAACGAUGGUCCGUUCAAUUGGAAGUUCGGGGUCUUGAAGUCCGCGCGUCGAACGCAACUUCCUCUGCGCCAGAAGACGCUUCAUCAGGGCACAGCUGGUUGCCAAGCUGACGACUGACAUCAUGGGUAUGUCCAAUUGCGUAGCCCUAUCAGAAAUCGAUUUCAGGACAGGUCGUGGAGGAAGACGAUGGUAGUUUAUAAAGAGCAAAGUGUAGCCAUUGGAAAAUCACACAUCAGACAUCGAACAAGCAAGAAUCAAUCGAGCAAGUCAACCAAGACGACUUCCAAGCAAAGCAAAUCACAUUCACAUUCACAAACAUGGGUCUCAUUCACAAGAUCGAAGAGAAGGUGCUCCACCACGGUGAACAGAAGCAGCACAUGCCUCCUCAGCAACAGCAACAAGGCUUCGGCCAGCAAGGCUAUGGUCAACAAGGCUACGGCCAACAGGGCUAUGGCCAGCCUCAAGGUGGUUAUGGUGGUGGUGGUAUGGGAAUGAACGGUGGUCGCCAGGAGUUUGGCGGCCAUCACGGUGGUGGCGACUUCAGUGGGCCUCCUCAGAACGGAGGUCAGUUUGGUGGUCCUUCCGGCGGUAUGGGCGGACCUCAGGGCGGCAUGGGAAUGGGUGGUCGUGAAGGUCACCAUGGCGGCGGUCAUCAGGGUGGACCCCAUGGUGGCGGCAUGGGCGGACCUCAAGGCGGCAUGGGCGGACCUCAGGGUGGUAUGGGAGGACACCAGGGAGGUAUGGGAGGACACCAGGGAGGUAUGGGUGGUCGCGGAGGUCCUGGUGGCUGGUAGAAGAUUGCGCUGCUCCAGCUUGAAUGCCGCUCACCAGACUCUAUUUUGAUACCCGCAUCCCGAGCCUACGCAUGUAACGAAUCAACACGCAACUUGAACUUUGCUCGAACGUCCGA